AUGGCUCCAAACCAGGAGAAAAAUGACAUAGAGAAAACAGACAAUAAAUCAAAAAACAAUAAAAUAUCAAAAGAAGAUCGUUCUGUAGAGCGGCCAAAAUGGGACAACCAACUUGAAUUCUUGAUGUCAUGCAUCGCCACAUCGGUGGGGUUGGGCAACGUAUGGCGUUUCCCCUUCGUCGCUUACGAAAACGGAGGCGGAGCAUUUCUUAUACCUUAUAUCAUAGUCCUCCUCGUUAUUGGAAAACCUAUGUACUUUCUUGAGACUGUUCUCGGUCAGUUUAGUAGUAGUAAUUGUGUCAAAAUAUGGGCUCUCUCCCCGGCUAUGAAAGGAACUGGAUACGCUCAGGCUUUGGGCUCGUCUUACGUAUUGUCUUAUUACGUGUCGAUUAUCGCCUUGUGUCUCUAUUACUUGGCCAUGAGUUUUAAAUCCACAUUGCCUUGGUCAGUUUGUAAUCCUGAGUGGGAUCGAUAUGAAAACUGUGUACCAUCAGGACAACCCGCUCCCACAGGCAUGACAGGCAACUUAUCGAGUAGUGCAGAACUAUAUUUUACACAAACGGUUCUGCGACAGUCUAAUGGAAUCGAUGACGGAAUCGGUGCACCUUUAUGGGACUUAACUUUAUGUCUGUUGGCGUCAUGGAUUAUAAUUUUCGUCAUAGUAGCUCGUGGUGUAAAAAGUUCCGGAAAAGCUGCUUACUUUUUGGCCCUAUUCCCAUACAUUAUUAUGUUCAUAUUAUUUAUCAGAGCAGUAACAUUGCCUGGAGCUGGCAAAGGAAUUCUGUUUUUCAUUACACCGGAUUGGAAUAAAAUUUUUGAGAUAAGUGUAUGGUACGCAGCUGUAACACAAGUCUCUUUCUCUCUUUCCGUAUGUUCUGGUUCCCUCAUUAUGUUUGCUUCGUACAACGGAUUUUCUCAAAACGUUUACAGGGAUUCGAUGAUCGUCACCACUUUAGAUACUUUCACAAGUCUGAUAUCGGGUAUCACUAUCUUCGGCGUGCUGGGCAAUUUGGCAGAACAAUUACAGUACGAUGAUGUUAGCCAAGUUAUUGGAUCUGGUGGAGCUAGUCUUGCCUUUGUCUCAUAUCCAGAUGCUAUAGCACAAUCUCCUGUGCCACAGGUAAAAACAGAAUAA